AUGGACGCCUCAAAAACUAUUGUUGUCGAUAACGGAACAGGGUUCGUCAAGGUCGGUUACGCCGGUUCGAACUUCCCUGAGCACGUCUUCCCCUCGGUCGUGGGUCGCCCAAUCCUGCGUGCAGAAGAGUCGAUCGGCAAUGUGGCCGUGAAGGAUAUCAUGGUGGGCGACGAGGCCGCGGAGCUGCGGUCGAUCCUCCAGAUGUCGUACCCGAUGGAGAACGGCAUCGUCAAGAACUGGACCGACAUGCGUCACCUCUGGGACUACACCUUCAACGAGAAGCUCAAGAUCGACCCCCGCGACUCCAAGAUCAUGUUGACCGAACCCCCCAUGAACCCCAAGGCUAACAGGGAGAAGAUGGUUGAGUGCAUGUUUGAGGAUUAUGGCUUCCAGGGCGUCUAUGUCGCCAUUCAAGCCGUCCUCACCCUUUACGCCCAAGGAUUGUUGACGGGUGUGGUUGUUGACUCGGGUGAUGGUGUGACCCAUAUUGUGCCCGUUGUUGAGGGAUACGCCCUGCCCCAUAUCACCAAGCGUCUGGAUGUUGCUGGUCGUGAUGUGACCCAGUACCUCAUCAAGCUGCUCCUCCACCGCGGUUACGCCUUCAACCGCACUGCUGACUUUGAGACCGUCCGUCAGAUCAAGGAGAAGCUCUGCUACACCAGUUACGACUUGGACCAGGAUCUCAGGUUGGCUCAGGAGACGACCGUUCUUGUCGAGUCUUACACUCUCCCUGAUGGUCGUGUUAUUAAGGUCGGCUCUGAGAGAUUCGAGGCUCCCGAGUGCAUGUUCCAGCCACAUUUGAUCGACGUCGAGUCACCCGGUGUCGCAGAAUUACUGUUCCAGACGAUUCAGUCGGCACCUUUGGAUACUCGUUCGGAUCUGUACAAGCACAUUGUUUUGUCGGGAGGAUCGACCAUGUACCCCGGUCUGCCCAGUCGUCUCGAGAAGGAGGUCAAGCAGCUUUACCUCACUGAUGUCCUCAAGGGCGACGUCCAGCGUUUCCGCAACUUCAAGAUCCGCAUUGAGGAUCCUCCUCGUCGUAAGCACAUGGUGUUCUUGGGAGGCGCGGUGUUGGCAGAUAUUAUGAAGAACAAGGACAGCUUCUGGGUCACAAAGCAGGAGUGGGAGGAGCAAGGUGUCCGUGCCCUCGACAAGUUGGGCGUCGUUCAGUCCAACUAA